UUCAUCGAAUGAUCGCUGCCUUCAUUUUAUAUCCGUUGGUUGAAGUGUCACUUGUUAUGUCACGGAGAAAGAAAGAGGGAGAGAAACGGAUGUGUGCAUCCAGACUCUGGACCGACACAAACUGCAUCUCAAGCCUGUCUGAAAAAAUGCGUGUCUCGCCAUUCACCAAUACCGUACGGGAAAAGUACAUGCAUACUCGACCAGGUGCCAACCCUACAACUCCGUAUUUAGCUUCUUUCGUCAGCCCACUCGCUGCAAAGUGUUCUCCCCCUUGUGCACCAAACCAGCCCCGCCCCCCUUCCCCCUCUCGCCCGCCAAAGCCCCCUUGCCCUUGUCAAAUGUAGCCACGACGGCAGCUGCCGUCCCAUCCGCCUCAUCCUGGCUGCUCUGCAGCCGUCGCUUUCGCCCACACAGAGGCCCCGACUCGUCGAAAAAGAGCGUGUCAUUCGAGCGCAUGGCCAUCAGCUUGAGGCUGCGGCGUCUCUCUGUGUCGGGCGUCUCGUGGUUGCCGUGGUCGGGCGCCAUGUGCUGGUCGGAGGGUGAGUGCUGGACGGGAGGAGGGGACGGGAGCUUGUGUGCCGCAAUGGCGUCCCAUGCUGCGUGGAUGACUUCCUCCUUCCUGCAUGGAUGGUAGAUGGAAGCGACAGAGAGAACGGAACGAAUUGAAGUGGAGUGACCUCAUAAGUACUGUGUGUCUCACUUUUCAGCCAGGCUGUGGACCAGAGCCUUUUGGAGGCGACCAAAGGUGUUCGUCAGUUGCCUGUUGCAGCAGCAGCAGCAGAAGACAACAUGGCCCACAUGCGUCAGAAUUCACCCCUUCCGACCCACAAGAUAGCCCACUUGAUGUCUCCCGAGAGUUUCUGUUCCAUUUCCUCCAUCUGUUUCACCAUCCCUCGGAAAUCCCGCAACGUCAGCAUCUCCUUCUCCAUUUCAGCUAGGCUGCCCCUCACAUACCGCAUGUUCGCCUCAUGCCGCUCCUGACCCUCCACCAGCUCAUCCACACGCUGCUGCGUCACACGCAACGCCUCCUGGAGGCUGUCGAGUGCCGGGGCGCGACACACGUCCUGAAGCUCUUGGGUCUUGGUUGACACCUCUGUGGACUCACUGAUGAUGGGGGCUGUCUGUGACUUGCGAUAGACAAGCCCGCCGAGCUCGUCCUCGAGCGGCUCGCCCCAUCUCCAUCGCAGGUGCUGCAUGACCAAGCAGGCAUCCACGUGUGUAUGGUGGCAUCAUCAUGAUCAUGCUCACGCGUGCACUCACAUCGAAUGUGGGCCGACGCAGCCACGAGAAGCGGCGGCGGUACGAGUGGAUGCGUUGCAGCACCUCCUCUGUGGUGGGGCCUCCUGCAUCGUUGAGGGUCUCCUCUUCCUGCUCUUCCUUGUUGUGGGUGGUGCUGUUGAUGUCAUCGGCAGAUGGCGAGACACCCGUGGUGCUCACGGUGCUGGUGCUCGUGCGUUUUUCGAGACGUUGCUGUCGGAGCUCUUUGAUCUGCUCAUCAAUCCUCGCCUGCACCCUCUCUUGCGCCGUGGCAUACUGAGAAUGCGAGCACAGGGACAGCAGAACGAGCCACGAGACUCAGUGCGUGACCCAGACCUCCGGAAGCGUCCCUCCGCCCUGUGUUGUCUCGUACCACGUCAAAUCCCGACGUGAAGGUGCCGUUGGGGAGCGCGAGCAUCUCUGCGUGCGCCAUCUGGGGGUGAGAAGCACAGGCACAUGCAAACGGAUCACGGGAUGAGAUAAAAAUCAGGGGACCACUGCUCACCAGAGGAACGUGGGGCUCACUGAGCAUGUCACUCAUCGACGAACCCGCCAUCUCGGCCAUUCCGACGACCACUGGCGAGAGGAGCACUGCUCUGACUCGG